AAAUUUUUGCCUUUUUACUCUUGGAAAAAAAAAAAAAAACCCCUUCAGUAACAUCAUCGUGGACGGAAACAAAGUUACUUUGUUCCUUUUCACUUGUACGCUUCACCUAUUUCUCUAUCCUUGAUUGCAGCGUACUCAGAGUUCUCCAUUGAAGCAGCUUAAGUUAAACAAGAUGGCGGAUCUCCAUCCUCAUAAUGUUGAAUUUGAGGCUGCCAAAUUUUUGCAGAAGCUCAUUCACGAGUCUACAGACGAGCCUGCAAAAUUGGCGACGAAACUCUAUGUUAUAUUGCAACAUAUGAAAGCAAGUGGGAAAGAAAAUUCUAUGCCGUACCAAGUAAUAUCUAGGGCCAUGGAGACUGUUAUAAAUCAGCACGGCCUUGAUAUUGAAGCAUUGAUGUCGUCACGCCUUCCUCUGAGUAGUGGAUCUCAUUUGGGAGAGUCUGCCAGAGCACAAUCAGCAGGAUGUUCACAGUCUGCUGGAGUUGUCGCAGACUCUAAAUCAGGCAUGAUUGAAAAUGAGACCACAAGGCCUGAUGGUUUUAGUUCUGGCAAGCCACCUGCUGUUCCUAGCAGUAUUGGUAACGAUCCUUUCCAAGGACCAGUUUCCCAAAGGAGUGCAAUGUCGUUUGAUCAUGAGAGCCCUUCAAGUAUUGACACUAGAUCUACAAACUCAUAUUCACAGGAUAGGCGUGAACCGCCAGGUUGGGAGCAACAAGGUAUACAGAAAGAUCCUAAAAGAGCCAAUAUCAAGAGAAAGAGGACUGAUUCAUCUGGCAUAGAAAUACAGGAAGAUAUCUCCCAACAGCUUGAUUCUCAUUCUGGCAUGCCUGAUAUGAGAAAGGAGAGGCUUGCUGGCAAGUCUGAAGCUGGAGGAACUCUUCCAGUUGAUUCUGAAAGCUGGAAGCAAGGAUUCUUCAGGGGUGCAACCAGCUUGCGAGAGAGAAUUGUACCAGGGCAAUUAUCAUCUGGUAUCAAAGUUGACGGAGCAAUGAGAAACUUAAAUUCACCUUCUUUUGACGCUGCUGAAAUUUCACAUAUACCAGCGAAUGCUGACAGGCUUUCUCAAGCUAUUAAUCCCAGCAAUCACUGUGGAGGGGGGAUACCUGGAAGUUCAGGUUCAAGAGAUACAGAAAAGUAUCCAGCAAGUACUGCUUCUGUACCAAGCAUGCCUUUUAAAGAACACCAUUUGAAGCAGCUAAGAGCCCAAUGUUUGGUCUUCUUAGCAUUCAGAAAUGGGUUGGCCCCAAAAAGACUCCAUCUUGAGAUUGCACUUGGAAACAUCUUACCUAAAGAAGGAUCCAGCAGUAGUGUAGAUGGAGCUCAAAUGGAGCUAGCGAAAGAUAAGGGCAAGCAACAAACAACUCUUGAGUCGAGCAGUAUAUCUGAAGUCCCUUUGCCAUUAGGAAACAUGGCUGGCAUGAAGAGUGAUGGUGCUCCUACUGCUUCUGCUGUGGGUGCAUUUGUUAGAGAGGUUGAUCCUUUUUCAAAAGAAUCUGAGAAUAUAAAACAUGAGGCGGGAAAACCUGCAUUUGCUGACCUUUCACAUAAUGAUGAAGAUAUGAAACACCAUCCUCCUGGAAGUAGAAUUAUGGAGGAUGAUACAGAGAGUCAGGAAACAGCCAACUCUUCUGCACUUGUUACAACUUCAAUUCAGCAUGAUACUUUAGGGAUGAGAAGUCCAGCCACCCAUGUACAUGAAGAAAUUUUGCAGCCAGGGGGGGCAAAUCAUGUGGCUUCUGUUGUUGGUGUGAACAAGCAGCUAAAUCCUGAAAUGAUUCGGUGGGCUAGAGUUGGUCAUACUGACCUCUCACGAGGGCCAUUGCAUUCCACUGUUCAACAUGACAUUGGGGUCAAUAAUGAGAUUUCUUCAAUUUUGUCUCAACGUGACAGCCAUAGUCAGAACCAACAGCUGCUCGAUAGCCAAUUGUCCUCAUCUUGGAAGUCAAUUCAAGGCAUGGACAAUGGAAAUCACAGGGCAAGAUCAGUAAAUGAUGCUAACAUGUUGCUCAGUAAUGCCUUGCAUGAUGGUAAUGGUGCUGUAGAGUAUCAAACAAAGUCUAUCUCAGAUGGGUCAAUAGUUGUUCCGGUGGCUGAUUCAUGCUACAUGCAUAAGGAUUCUAGCUCUCUUGCUACUAUGGAUAAGCUUAUAGAACCUGAAGAGGAAGAAAAUUCAGUGUCUGCUAGCUUGCGCCCUUCUCCAAGAUACACAUUGUCUGAGAAAUGGAUUAUGGCUCACCAGAAAAAGAAACUUGCUUCAGAACAAAAGUGGGUGCAAAAAUUGCAAAACGCUGACCAGAGAAUUGCCUCAUGUUUUAGUGAGCUUAAGGAAACUGUUAGCUCAUCCGCAGAUAUAUCUGCAAAAACAAGGAGUGUGAUAGAGUUGAAAAAGCUUCAAUUAUUGGAGCUUCAGCGUUGCCUUCGAAGGAAUAUCUUGAGUGAUUUCUUUAAGCCCAUACGAACUGAAAUGGACCGUUUGAAAUCAAUCAAGAAACACCGAAUUGGUAGGAGGUUGAAGCAUGUAGAAAAAUAUGAGCAGAAGAUGAAGGAAGAACGUCAAAAGAGGAUCCGCGAGAGACAGAAAGAAUUCUUUAGUGAAGUAGAAGUUCACAAGGAGAGACUGGAGGAUGUAUUUAAAUAUAAGAGGGAACGCUGCAAAGGUUUUAAUCGAUAUGCAAAGGAGUUUCACAAAAAGAAGGAGCGGGUACACCGGGAAAAGAUUGACAGAAUUCAGCGUGAAAAAAUUAAUUUACUGAAAAUCAAUGAUGUGGAAGGAUAUUUGCGGAUGGUUCAGGAUGCAAAAUCUGAUAGAGUCAAGCAACUUCUCAAAGAGACAGAGAAAUAUCUUCUUAAGCUUGGAUCAAAGCUUAAGGAGGCAAAGGCUGCUGCUCGACAAGUCGAGAUGGAUGAAAACAGGAUUGCAACUAUUGAUGAGACCAGCGACAUUUUUGCUGAUAUUGAGGAUGAGAGUGAUCAGGCAAAGCAUUACAAGGAAAGCAAUGAGAAGUACUAUUUGAUCGCUCACAGCAUCAAGGAGAGCAUUGCUGAGCAACCAGCUGGACUUCGUGGUGGAAAAUUAAGAGAGUACCAAAUGAAUGGUUUGCGAUGGCUUGUCUCACUGUACAAUAAUCAUUUAAAUGGAAUUCUUGCUGAUGAAAUGGGUCUAGGGAAAACUGUUCAGGUGAUCUCUUUAAUUUGUUAUUUGAUGGAGGCAAAAAAUGACAGAGGACCUUUUCUAGUGGUUGUUCCGUCAUCAGUUCUUCCUGGAUGGGAACAGGAAAUGAAUUUAUGGGCGCCUGGUAUAAACAAAAUUGUUUAUGCAGGGCCUCCAGAAGAGCGGCGUAGACUAUUCAAGGAGAGCAUCAUCCACCAGAAAUUCAAUGUCCUUCUGACAACAUAUGAAUAUCUUAUGAACAAGCAUGACAGGCCAAAGCUGAGUAAAAUUUUUUGGCAUUACAUUAUAAUUGAUGAAGGACAUCGGAUAAAGAAUGCAUCAUGUAAGCUAAAUGCUGAUUUGAAGCUUUAUCAUAGUUCUCACAGAUUACUAUUAACUGGAACCCCUUUACAGAAUAAUCUUGAGGAGCUUUGGGCUUUGCUCAAUUUUCUAUUGCCAAACAUUUUUAACUCUUCUGAGGACUUUUCUCAGUGGUUUAACAAGCCAUUUGAGAGUAAUGGUGACAAUUCCCCUGACGAGGCCUUGCUAUCCGAGGAGGAGAAUCUCUUAAUCAUUAAUCGUCUUCACCAAGUUCUUCGUCCAUUUGUACUUCGUAGGCUGAAACACAAGGUGGAGAAUGAAUUGCCUGAGAAAAUUGAGAGACUUGUCAGGUGUGAGGCUUCUGCAUACCAAAAACUCCUGAUGAAGAGGGUGGAAGAGAAUCUCGGUGCACUUGGGAUGUCAAAGGCUCGAGCAGUUCACAACUCUGUCAUGGAGCUCAGGAAUAUCUGCAAUCAUCCAUAUCUUAGUCAGCUUCAUGCAGAAGAGGUGGAUAGUUAUAUACCUAAACACUUUCUGCCACCAAUUGUAAGGCUGUGUGGCAAGCUUGAAAUGCUCGAUCGUUUGCUUCCUAAACUCAAAGCAACUAAUCAUCGGGUUCUUUUCUUCUCCACAAUGACUAGGUUACUUGAUGUUAUGGAGGAAUAUCUUGUAUGGAAACAAUAUCGUUACCUUAGAUUAGAUGGGCAAACAUCUGGCCUAGACCGAGGUGCUCUUAUUGAACAAUUUAACCGACCAGAAUCUCCUUAUUUUAUAUUCCUGCUCAGUAUUCGUGCUGGUGGUGUUGGGGUGAAUCUUCAAGCAGCAGAUACUGUCAUCAUAUUUGACACAGAUUGGAAUCCUCAGGUUGAUUUGCAAGCACAAGCUAGAGCCCAUAGGAUUGGACAGAAGAAAGAUGUGCUUGUUCUUAGAUUGGAAACAGUCCAUACUGUGGAAGAGCAAGUGAGAGCUUCAGCUGAGCACAAAUUGGGUGUGGCUAAUCAGAGUAUUACUGCUGGUUUCUUUGAUAACAAUACAAGUGCUGAAGAUCGUAGGGAAUAUUUGGAGUCUCUCCUACGGGAAUGUAAGAAAGAAGAAGCUUCGCCUGUUUUGGAUGAUGAUUCCUUGAAUGACAUAUUAGCCCGCAGUGAGUCUGAGAUCGAUGUAUUUGAAUCAGUUGAUCAAAAAAGGCGUGAGGAAGAGAUGAUUACAUGGAGGAGGCUGUUACUCGAGAUGAAGGGUGAUUGUUCUGAAGUGCCGCCUCUACCCUCACGUCUUGUAACAGAUGAUGAUCUUAAGGCAUUCUAUGAAGCGAUGAAGAUACAUGAUAUUCCUAAUGACGGGACAUCUUCUAGUUCUGGGAUGAAGAGGAAAAGUGGGUAUCUCGGAGGUUUUGAUACUCAACAAUAUGGGCGUGGGAAGCGUGCUCGAGAGGUACGGUCUUAUGAAGAGCAGUGGACAGAAGAAGAAUUUGAAAAGAUUUGUCAGGCUGACUCUCCUGAAACUCCCAAGCUAAAGGAUGAGAAGAUGGAUGUCUCACAGUCAUCAGACAAUAGUCAAAUUCCUGGAAAAGUAGAGCUAUCUACGCAGACCCUGCAAUCUCCUCCUCCUGCGUUAAUAUCUUCACCACUAAUCAAGAAAGAGGUCACACCACCUGUUAAGCGGGGGAGAGGUAGGCCAAGGAGAACAACUACAGAUGUCUCACCGUCUAUGGGAGUUAGUGCAACACCUAUCGGAGCUAGUCAACACGCAAUUCAUUUACAAAAAGGAACAGAUUCAAUCAUGUUGAAUUCAAGUUGUCUGGACACUCCUGGUACUUCUGGUUUCACUAAAGAUACCAGUGCAGACAAAAAUCAGAAUGUUGCUAUUUCUCACAUCUCUGAGGCAGUUCCACCGUUGCCACCUAUUGAUUCUGGGGUUCAGUCUAACCCUGCUGGUACUUUAGUUUCAUCGCAGUCUAAAAGACAAGGUCGAAAGGGGCAGCCAACCAAUAAGUCUAUUGGAGGGGAUUCAGGGCUAGAAAUUGUUAGGAGGAGGGGGAGGAAACCUACUCGUGUGUUACACCCUGUUCCUACUGGCUCUCUGGUUGAAGAUUCUAAACCUGUCGAAAAACUUGCUUCAGAUACACAUGUAGCAACAACUUCUAGUGUUAGCACAGAUAACCAUCUUGCUGAGGGCUCAGAUCCCAAAUGCUUGAAGGGCUGUGCUGGGAUUGUCGUCAAGGAUUUAACAGGAUCUGAAGUUGCAGAUAAGAAGACUUUAUGUGAUUCUUCAUCAUUGGCUGUUGCUCCUCUUACUGAUUCAGAAACAAGCAAACUUACUGCCGUUUCGCAUAACCAAAAUGUAUCUGUCCAAGAAUCAGCAGCUGUACAAGCUCCAAAACCAAGUGGUCAGUCUAAGCUAGAUUUAUUGGAUUCGUCUUCUGUUCCAUUGGCUCCUUUGGAAGCUUCUGCUGCCAGCAAAUGUGAUCCUGUCUCUAUUUCCAAGAGUUUUGAUGGCCCAAUCGCAUCACCAAAAAUUGGAAGCCAGCCUUGUUUGAAAUCAGGGGCUGAGGUUCAAAGCAUUAACCCACAAUCUGCUAAUCCUAGCUCUCAAACUGCCCUGACCAGCUCAACUGGACUCAGGCCUGGUAGAAAACAAAGUCAGAAGCCUCACGGUGGAAUCGAACCAGUCCGACGAAGGGGUAGGAAACGGGGAAGGAUUGUGCCAACUGACCCAGCUGCACCUGAUGUUCAAGAUAAAAAUUUGAAGGAGCCUGUGAAAAUCACAGAUGCAUUGUCCACCUCUGCUGACACAUAUGUUGCAGAAUAUUCUGGAACUGGUAACAUGGGAAUGAUAUCAGAUGUUGCAACAGUUCCUGUAAUUCCUCUUGUCCCAGUUUCAGGUUUCAUGCUAGGCUCUGCACCUUUGACUUCUACUAGUGGCUCAAUGCAUCAUUCAAGCAUUGGUUCACAAUCGGGUCCUGUUCUACCUGGAACUUCUGCUAUUCCCCUUCAGACUCCUAAGUUAUCUGUUCCUUUGCAAGUCCAAGGACCAGAUCAGAAUUCACAAGCUGGAGGAACUGCAUCACGUCGACGUGGAAAGAAAAAAAGUGCAGCGUUGCUUGAUAACUCGGGUGAUCAGUCUUUAUCAUCCAAUAAAUCUGAUAAGAGUCCUAGGGGCUCUGGUGGCCGCAAAGUCAUAGCAACAAGAAGUAGGCGAGUAAAUAACUCUCGUAGUAAGAUUGCACAGGAAGAGGCAGAUGCAUGUAGCAAAUCUAUUGCUUUAACUAAUAGUACAGAUGCCGUCCAGCCUCCCAACCUGUCUUCUCAUGUUCCAGAUUCUACCCUUGUUAAAUCCAAUGAAGCCAGUAUUCGGGGGUCAAGGCAUGCUAACCCGUUGGAAGAGAUUACAUUAUGUCGCACUCCAGCAGAUAUUCCGCCUGUAUCAUGUAAGGGUAAAACAAAUGUAAUUGUGUUGGCUUUAGAACCAACUGGUCCUGCCGUGGAUCCUACUGGGAGUAGUUACAAAAAUGCAGAUGGAAAAGUUGAAUGUUCGGAGUUGCAAAAGAGUUCUGCUCGAAAUGUACUCAUGCCAGUCGUUGAUGUUUCUAGAUCAGAAGUCAGCUGUAGUGCUGGUGUUCAAGCUCCUAAUCUGGAUGAGGAAAUGUCCGCACCUCCUGGAUUUGACACCCCAAGAUCAGAAGUUCCAGAUGCUGAAAUGAAGAAGGUGUCAGAAAGAGGUGGUCGUGGUGCAUCUAAGAUUACUGAUGCAGAAAGAAGUUCUGUUGUCUUGGCUCUGGAAUCAACUGCACUGACAGCCACAAAAGAAGAAUUUUCAGUAUUGCUGGGAGUUGAAGGUUCCAGAAAAGGAAGUAUCUCUUCUACAAAGCCUAUAGGUUGUAAAUCUACUUCUAAUUUGGCUGAUGCAGCAACAAUAGGUCAGCCAGAAGAAGAAAUUUCAGCUCCUCCUGGGUUCGACAUACCUCAACGUUGCCUAUCUGAAAAUGCUGUUGCAAUGUCUUUUGAAUGUGUUGCUGGCCUGGCCUCGGACCAGUUGAUUGAUUCUGCUUCAAAAUCAAAACUUGACCAAUGUUCUCAAGGAUCUCUUGAUGAUGGUAAUGCUGAAAUUAGCACUGUUGAAUCUCCGACUGCUUCCACUGUUGUAGGUUUUGGUAUUACGUUUGCGUCAACAUUGGAAUCAUGUUCAAAAGAAGCUGAACUUUCUCAUGGGCCUGAUGAUGCCAAAGUUGAUGCUGCUGAUGCUCCUAAAGUAUCCCAUAUUGUGGAAGCUCCUAGUUUAGAAUUAAAAGUGGAGGACUCUAUUGCAGCUCCUACCCUAAAGUUAAAAGUGGAAAUAUCUCAUGAGCCUGAAGUUGACAAUGCUGAACAUAAUGUCUGUGAUCCAGAGUCUGAUGCUACAGCAACAUCACCUUUAGAAUUGGCUAAACAUACAGAAGAAUUACAUGGAUCUGAUGGUGGCAAUGCUGAAAUUGCUAAUGUUGAUGCUCCUACACUUUCUCAUGUUGUCAGUUUUGAAAUGGUGGCAGCUAGCUUGGAUUCGACGGAAGAGUGUCACAUACCUGAUGGCGGCAAAGCUGAGCUUGAUGAUGUUGAUGCUCCUACGGCUUCUCAUGUUGUCAGUCAUGAAAAUGUGGCAGCUUCAAGUUUUGAAUCGAUAGAAGAUUAUCGUGGACCUGAUGGUGACAAUGCUGAACUUGAUGAUGUUGAUGCUCCUAUGGCUUCUCAUGUUGUCAGUCAUGAAACUGUGUCAGCUUCGUGUUUGGAGACGACAGAAGAUUGUCGUGUACCUGAUGGCGGCAAUGCUGAACUUGAUGAUGUUGAUGCUCCUACGGAUUCUCAUGUUGUGAGUCAUGAUACUGUGGUAGCUUCAAGUUUGGAGACGACAGAAGAUUGUGGUGGACCUGAUGGUGGCAAUGCUGAACUUCGUGAUGUCGAUGCUCCUACAACUUCUCAUGAUGUCGGUAUACAAACAGUGGCAGCUUCAAGUUUUGAGGCGACAGAUGAGUAUCAUAGACCUGAUGUUGUCAAUGAUGAGCUUAAUGAUGUUGAUGCUCCUACGGCUUCCCAUGUUGUCUGUCAUGAAACUGUGAUAGCUCCAAGUUUGGAGACAACCGAAAUUUGUCAUGGACUUGAUGGUGAUAAUUCUGAACUUGAUGGUGUUGUUGCUCCUACAGCAUCUCAUAUUGUCGGUUUUGAAAGUAAGGCAGGACCUGAUGGUGAUAAUUCUGAACUUGAUGGUGUUGUUGCUCCUACAACAUCUCAUAUUGUCGGUUUUGAAAUUAAGGCAGGUUCAAGUUUGGAGUCGGCUGAAGGCUGUUGUAGACCUGAUGGUGGCCAUGGUGAACUAAAUAAUGUUGAUGCUUCUACACUUUCUCAUGUUGUCGGUUUUGAAUCUGCAGCAGCUUCAAGUUUGGAGGUGACAGAAGAGUGUCACAAACCUGCUGGCGGUAAGGCUGAUCUUGACUAUGUUGAUGUUCCUAUAACUUCUCAUGUUGUCAGUCAUGAAACUGUUGCAGCUUCACAUUUGAAGUCGACAGAAGAUUGUCGUGGACCUGAUGGUGGCAAAACUGAGCUUGAUGAUGUUGAUGCUCCUACAGCUUCUCAUGUUGUUAGUCAUGAAAAUGUGGCAGCUUCAAAUUUAGAAUCGACAAAAGAUUGUUGUGGACCUGUUGAUGGCAAUGCUGAACUUGAUGCUGUUGAUGCUCCUGUGGCUUCUCAUGUUGUCAGUCAUGAAACUGUGGCAGCUUCAAGUUUGGAGACGACAGAAGAUUGUCAUGGAUCUGUUGAUGGCAAUGCUGAACUUGAUGAUGUUGAUGUUCCUAUGGCUUCUCAUGUUGUAGGUCAUGAAACUGUGGUAGCUUCAAGUUUGGAGGCGACAGAAGAUUUUCGUGUACCUGAUGGCGAAAAUGCUAAACUUCAGUAUGUUAAUUCUCCUACAGCUUCUCAGAUUUUUAUUCAUGAAACUGUGGCUGUUUCAGGUUUGGAGUCAACAGAAGAUUGUCGUGGACCUGAUGGUGGCAAUCCUGAACUUCAUGAUGUCGAUGCUCCCCCAAUGUCUCAUAUAGUUGUUUGUAAAACUGUGAUGGCUACAAAUUUGGAUUCGAAAGAUGAGUGUCAUGGCCCUGAUGGUGGCAAUGCUGAACUUGAUGGUGUUGAUGCUCCUACAGCUUCUCCUGCUGACGGUUUUGAAUCUGUGGCUGCAUCAGGUUUGGAGUCGAAAGAAGAAUGUAAUGGCCCCGAUGGUGGCAAUGUUGAACUUGAUGGUGUUGAUGCUCCUACAGCUUCUCAUGCUGACGGUUUUGAAUAUGUGGCUGCAUCAGGUUUGGAGUCGAAAGAAGAAUAUAAUGGCCCCGAUGGUGGCAAUGCUGAACUUGCUGGUGUUGAUGCUCCUAAAGCUUCUCAUGCUGACGGUGUUGAAUCUGUGGCUGCAUCAGGUUUGGGGUCGAAAGAAGAAUGUAAUGGCCCCGGUGGUGGCAAUGUUGAACUUGCUAGUGUUGAUGCUCCUACAGCUUCUCAUGCUGACGGUUUUGAAUCUGUGGCUGCAUCAGGUUUGGAGUCGAAAGAAGAAUGUAAUGGUAUAAUAGAAUUGGAGAAAAUUUUCUUUUUCGGCCCUGAUGGUCGCAAUGCUGAGCUUGAUUGUGCUGAUGCUCCUACAGCUUCUCAUGCUGACGGUUUUGAAUCUGUGGCUGCAUCAGGUUUGGAGUCAAAAGAAGAAUGUAAUGGCCCUGAUGGUGGCAAUGCUGAACUUGAUGGUGUUGAUGCUCCUACAGCUUCUCAUGCUGACAGUUUUGAAUCUGUGGCUGCUUCAGGUUUGGAGUUGAAAGAAGAAUGUAACGUACCUGAUGGUGGCAAUGAUGAACUUCAUGAUGUUGAUGCUCCUACAGAUUCUCGUGCCAACAUUGAAAAUUUGGCAGCUUCAAUUUUGGGAUCGACAGAAGUGUGUCAUGGACCUGAUGGUGGCACUAUUGAACUUCAUGAUGUUGAUGCUUUUCCAGCUUCUCAGGCUAUUGGUUUUGAAACUGUGGCAGCUUCAAAUUUGGAGUCAAAAGAAGAGUCUGAAGGACCAGAUGGUGGCCAUGAUGAAGUUGGUGGUGCUAAUGUUCAUUCAGCUUCUCAUGAUGUUUGUUUUGAACCUGUGGAAGCUUCAAGUUUGGAGUCAAAAGAAGAGUGUCAUGGAUCUGAUGGUGGCAAUGCUAAACUUCAUGAUGUCGAUGCUCCUACAGCUUCUCCUGUUGUCGGUAUUCAAACUGUGGCAGCUUCAAGUUUGGACUCAAAAGAGGGGUGUCAUGGGUGUGAUGAUGGAAAUGCUGAACAUGAUAUCAGUGAUAUAUGUAAAGUUUCUGACACUCCAACAACCUCAACUUUGGUAUCAACUGAUAAUGAACCAUGUCAUGGGCCUGAUGAUGGCAAGGCUGAUGGUGUUCCAACGGCAUCGUGUGCGGUUGAUACCGAUACUGCAGCAGCAUCAACUCCGGAAUAAAAAAAGAGAGCGCCAUGGGAGUGAUGAUGAAAAUACUGAGCAUGAGUUGAUGAUGCUUCUAUAUCUUUUGGUUGUUUGAUAUUACAACAGCUUCAGCUCGAGAUAACAGUGAUGCUAUGUUUGUUUAGUUUUAGUUGAGCACCCUAAACAAUUGCCAUUUUUCAUCAAUGCUAUUCCAUUGAGACUUGGUGUAAAUAGAUAAUUUUUAUGUGACUUACAUGCUUCAUCAAUGUAUCUAAAGCUUUUCUACUACUGGGUUAACAUUUACGCUUCUGGUUCAAAAUUACGUGAUUAUUGUGGCUA